AUGACGCCGGACCCCGACACCCUCGCCAAGCAGCGCGAGCAGCUCGCCAAGCGCCGCGCGCUGCGAGCCUCCAUCCCCGAGGAGGCGGCGCUCGAGGCGGCCGCGGCGGCGACGGCCGCAGGGUCGCCCGCGGUAAGUUCCCGCGGGUCGUCCGAGGGCGCGGCGAUCGCCGAGGCGGCCGCGGCGAUGGCCGCGGGAGACCCGACGCACCCCGCCACGCUCUUCGCCUCCUUCUCGGCGCGCGACGCGGGGGAGCGCGCGGCGUCGUCGCGCGCGGCGGCGGCGGCGGCGGCAUAUCAUCAAGCCGACGAAGACGCGCACCGACUCGCGGUCGCAGUCGUCGACCCGGUGAGCGCCCCGGUGAGCGACGUCGCCGCGCAGACCGACCCGCCGCCGCCCGCGCCCCCGAGGGUCGUCCCGAUCCACGAUCCUCCCACCGUCGACGUCUUCGCCGCGGUCGUCCUCGGGCUUCUCGUCGUCGGGGUGGUGGCGUGCGCGUGCGUGUUUCCCGCGCAGGGCGCGAGGGACGCGAGGGGGGACGCUCGGCGGUGGGAGACGACGCUCGCGGCGUGGUCCAUCGCGAACGAUCUCCCGAGGGUGGCGUCGCUCGAGGGGUUCUACGCGGGCGCCGCGAAGGGCGCGCGGGGCAUCGAGGCGUACCUGCCGCCGACCGAGACGCGCGACGAGGACGGGCGGACAAACGGAUAA